CCCACGCCCACGCCCGCCGCUGCCCGACCGCCUGCGCGCUGCCCUGCCGCCGCUGCCCUGCCGCUCCCCCUGCGCCGCCGCCCCGGCCAUGACGCAGCUCUUCAGCUCCUCGACCAACGCCGCCAUGACGGAGAAGCGCACCUUCUCCGGCAACCCGCUGUCCACCAACAAGCCCGUCAACGCCAAGGACGGCCAGGUCUCGCAGCGUAUCAAGAACUUCUUCCGCAUCAACAGCAGCGCCGACCCGCGCAAGCACUCGGACGAGGUCAAUGGCACCCACACCCCCAAGAGCGAGAAGACGGGCUCGCGCCACUCGCGCUUCCUGCCGCACAUCUCCCGCAACCGCUCGACCACCGUCACGAGCGAGGGCAACCCGCUCGACGACGCCGUGUCGCCGACCGCCCAUGCCAACCCCUACUUCCAGCACCAGGGGCCCCCCGCCCUGCGCCACCACAACGAGGGUAGCGUGCCCUCCACCCCGCCCGACACGCCCGGUAUACCAACCACCAAGGUCGACGCCGUCAGCGGCGUGAACGACCAGGCCACUGCCGCCGGGAAGGAGGAGCUGGCGCGGAAACUGCGAAGGGUCGCGUCCGCACCCAAUGCGCAGGGCCUCUUCUCCUCGGGCAAGUCCGCAGAACGGCCACAGACCGCAGAGUUGGCCAAGCAGCCGGUCCUGCUGCAUCCCAAUUCCUCGACGCUUAGCAUGGUCGAGACCGCACAGCACGACAACGACCACUUGUCUCCUAUAGACGUGUCCAAGGGCAUUCCCACCCCCGGCCAGAUCCGCCAGUCAGUGGCUUUCCGGAGAACAUACAGCUCCAACUCGAUCAAGGUCCGCAACGUAGAAGUCGGACCGGGCAGCUUCGACAAGAUCAAGCUGAUCGGCAAGGGCGACGUUGGCAAGGUGUACUUGGUGCGAGAGAAGAAGUCAAGUCGGCUUUAUGCCAUGAAGGUGCUAAGCAAGAAAGAGAUGAUUAAACGUAACAAGAUUAAGCGUGCAUUGGCCGAGCAGGAGAUUCUGGCCACCAGCAACCACCCCUUUAUUGUUACCCUGUACCAUUCGUUCCAGUCGGAAGACCACCUCUAUCUUUGCAUGGAAUACUGCAGUGGUGGCGAGUUCUUCAGGGCACUCCAAACCCGACCGAACAAGUGCGUGGACGAGGAUGCAGCGCGCUUCUAUGCAGCCGAGGUUACGGCUGCAUUGGAAUAUCUGCAUCUCAUGGGCUUCAUUUAUCGUGACCUGAAACCCGAGAACAUUCUCCUGCACCAGUCUGGUCACAUCAUGUUGUCCGACUUCGAUCUGUCGAAACAGUCAGAACCCGGCGGUCGCCCGACGAUGAUCCUCAGCGGCCGCAACGGCACUUCUUCGAGCAACCUGCCAACGAUAGACACGAAGUCGUGUAUCAACAACUUCCGUACAAAUUCGUUUGUCGGGACGGAGGAGUACAUUGCUCCCGAGGUAAUCAAGGGCUGCGGACACACUAGUGCUGUCGAUUGGUGGACGUUGGGUAUCUUAAUCUACGAGAUGCUGUACGGAACAACCCCUUUCAAGGGCAAGAACCGCAACGCAACGUUUGCCAAUAUCUUGAGGGACGAGGUGCCCUUCCCCGAGGGCUCUGGCGCACCGCCGGUCUCCAACCUCUGCAAGUCGCUCAUUCGCAAACUUCUCAUCAAGGACGAGACUCGACGACUCGGAUCUCGCGCUGGAGCGUCUGACAUCAAGACGGCACCUUUCUUCCGCACUACACAAUGGGCGCUGCUCCGUCACUCGAAGCCCCCCAUUAUUCCCCAUCAAGGCCAUGGCAUCGAGACACCCAACUUCAGAAAUGUCAAGGAGAGCCAGAGUGUUGAUAUUGGUGUGACGAAGAUCAAAGGUGUACCACUGGACUCUGGUCUUGCGACUCCGAUGGGCGAGAUAGCGGAUCCUUUUGAAGAGUUCAACAGUGUUACCCUACACCACGAUGGCGAUGACCACAGCCACGCGGUGACGGAUCAUGAGCACCUCGCGCAACAGAACUCGGGAUCGAGGUAGUACUAGUCGUGUUUCGAGACAGGCCUGCAUUUAGUUUCUACAUUGCGACAGGGGAGGCGCUCUGAUGCGUUUCUCAGCUGCACUCAUUUACUACAGCUGAUAGACAUCGGAAUCUUCUCACGCAACGGCGUUUGUUGGAGCAUUUACCGCAGACGGUUCAGGCAGACGAGAGUCGCUGGGCGUCGUGUAAAAUUCGUUGGCGUUGGUAUUUAUUAAGAGCGUUCAUUGUUAGUCGAUUUCCUUACAGUCAAGGACUAGUCACGGUGGACUUAUUAGCCGCAGGGGGAGUGUGUUGUGCACGGCAGAUAGCAAUAGCAGGCAUAAGAUGCAUCGCGGGUUUUGUGAACGAGUGAUGUAUGGUCGUCGUCCACAGCGCCAAGAAACGCGAGUCAAGCCAUCGGAAGAACGUCG